AUGGCCGACCAGGCAGCCACCCGCAGAGGUCGAGAUGCCCUCAAGCAAGGACUGCUCGUCGUGGCCUAUCUUCUUGGCAUCGUCGCAACCGCCAUUCCCGCGCUCCUGAUCUUUGCAGGAUCGUGGCUUUUCAAUGACGAGAAAGACGCAUCAGGGCCCAUCCGUCUAGCUCUCUCCAAGCUUUCCAUCGCAUCAUUCGACGGCAUCAUCCCCGAUCCGAAUAACAAAGGGACUUACCUCCUGACGAUGCACCUCUUCCCCCGCGCCUUGGGCUGGGAGUACCCUUCCGCCCCGUCCCGCGACCAAACCGCUGGCAUCGUGAACCCGACGCGAGGCACUCUCUACCUGCCUACCGACUUCGUCACCAUCGGCAAGGCCCUCGACCUCGACCCCUCCGCCUGGGGCUGCUUCCCGCCCGUCUGGAACGACCCCUGCGAGAACCCCUUCUUCGCCGCCUUUCGCCGUCAGUUCCCCUACGAAGGCACCCCCGACGCCUGGACCGUCUUCCUGCUGAGCGCCCUCGUGGCCUGCGCCGCCGCCAUCGCCGCCAUCGAGCUCGCCAUCGCCUUCCGCCCGAGCCUCCUGCGCUGCCAGUGCUACUUCAUCGCCCUGAAGAGGGUCUGCCCGUGCCCGCGCGGCACGCGCCACGAGAUUGAGAGGCUCAACGGCGCCUUCUGGGACCGCUACCGUCUGUGGAUGUGGCCCGUCGUGCCUGUCAUGACAGCGCUCACGUGUCUGAAUCUUGCCAUGCGCGGCUGGAUGCUCCUGGCCUGGCUGGACCGGUGGACGGCGCAGGACGACGACGUGGGUGAUGUGCGGCCGCGGUUUGGUGCCGCGUUUGUUGCCCUGUCGUGGACUGCGACGGCGGCUGGGUUGGGUGCCGUGCUGUGCGUCCUCGCGAGGCUGUUGCUUGCGCAGCGCACGAGCUGGAUAGACCAGCAAGGCGCUGCCCCUGGCCUGGAGGACGCCGAGGCCGAGGCCCAUGAGCAGCGCCAUGUCGGAUUGGAAGAACCGGCGGCGAGGACUAGGCUUCCCGACGCACAGCUGAAGGGGUACUCGGAUGCCGAUCCGGAUGCACCUCUCCAGGGUUGUGCCGCUGAGGCUGAACCGUCGAAAGGUCCACCGAGGAAUGCAUGA